GAGAGAGGGGAUUGUUCGUUGGCGGCGGUACCACGGCAGCAGCAGGCCACAGUGCCCAACACGCAUGUUCAGUGGAGAGUCAAUGGAAGGAGCCCUCAGAUGACGGACGCAAACGUCUGGGCAUGACAGCCGCUGUCACCGAGAGUGACAGCUUUCGCUCUCUGACGCCGCACCUCGACUAGACCCGAGUGAAGCCCGCCAAAGAAGUGACACGGAGCAAAUCAGAACUAUGCCAGAGAUGGAAAAAGGGAGACCACCGGAAAAUAAACGCAGCAGGAAACCUGCGCACCCCGUCAAGAGAGAGAUCAACCAAGAGAUGAAGACGUUUGCAGAGAGCACCAUGAAUGAGCUCCUAGGCUGGUACGGCUAUGACAAGGUGGAGCUCAGGGACAACGAGGCAACCGAGAUACGGAACUACCCCAACCGAGAGAGACGCCAGCAGCAUGUCUCCGUCCUUAAAGAAAACUCAGUGCCGAAGCCCAAGAGCUUGAACAGCAAAGUCAGCCCCUCUGCACUGGCCAUGAGGAGUGGAGAGAGAGAAUCAUCCAGCGUCCCCUCUUCCACUUCCUCUUCCUUCCCCAGCUCCUCCUCUUUGACCAGCCCUAAGGAGCAUAAGAGCGCUCCCGUAAUUGUCCCCCUUAUAAAGCCAUCUGCAGUGGAAGACGUGCAGAAUGUGCAGAUAGUGUGUGUGUGGUGUCAGAAGGAGGGGGUGAAGCGCUACUCUCUCUGUAUGGGCACCGAGCUGAAGAGCUUCUGUAGUGAGAAGUGCUUCGCCGCCUGCCGACGGGCCUACUUCAAACGCAACAAGGCCCGGGAUGAAGAUCUCAAUGGAGGUGAGCAAUCCCCCCAACACACCCAUGCCGAUGACUCACCCCGACUGGUGAUGAAGAUGAACAGCAGUGGGGCCAGAUCACUCUCGCCUGUACCUCAGGUGUGCGACUGGUGCAAACACGUCCGCCACACCAAAGAGUACCUGGACUUCGGCGCAGGCGCAGAACGGCUCCAGUUCUGCAGUAGUAAGUGCUUGAACCAGUACAAAAUGGACGUGUUCUACAGAGAGGCCAGGGCAGCUCUCAUCAGCUCCAGCCCAGGCCUAGGAAGACCCACUCAGGAUGGGAGAACUGAGUCCAACGGAGGGGGUCAGAACCAGAAACUCCUGACCCCCGAAUCGUGGAACAAUGGCGCGGGGGUCGUUCGGGGGAGGACCAGGUCACCCAAAGGGUCCAUGCCAAGGACUGUGUCACCAUCUGAGGCGUCGUCCUCGUCCUCCAAGGCCCCCGUCUCUGGGCUGAGACACCUGGAGAGGCAUGUCCUGCCACCGUUGCCACCCCCAGAGGUGGCAAACCACCACUCCGUCCCCCCUCCUCCUCCUCGCCCCUCCAUGGAGCACCACCAACACCACCAAGCAAUUCCUCAGAUCCCGCUGCCCUUCAUCCGGCCCCCCCUCCACGCCCAAGGCCUGACGAGCCCCAUCGCCAAUCCCCACAGGUGCCACCGGCCCCCUUCCAGCCCCAUCAACCGGUCCACCCCUCACUCCCCCCACCACCCCCACCUCCAGCCCCCGACCUCCUCCAUGAACCCACCUAGAAUGCACCCAUACCCGGCCUACUUCCCUGGCCUGCACUCCCCAAUGAUGGGGCCCCGUGGCCCUGUGCCCAUGCCCUCUAUGAUGAACUUCGGGAGAUGGCCGUCCCUAGGCCCCUUCUUCCCUCAGCCCAUGGUCCUGGUUCCCUACCCCAUUAUUGUACCCAUCCCCGUCCCCAUCCCCAUUCCUAUCCCCAUACCCAUGCCCCCUAAGGCUUCCCCCUCAGACCCCCUAGGGAUCUCCCCCAGUGGGGUUAUCCAGCCAGUGCCAGAUGGGAUGGAGAGGAGGUGCUCCAGUGGUGUCAAACUGCCCUCUCCCGGGAGCUCUGUGCUAAGCAGAUUAAGUAGAACCACCAACCAGGGUCUCCCAACGCCCUCCGACCACCCCAAAAGGGAUAUCACAGAUUGGGUUAAAUCUGAGAGGCAGGCUCCGUCGCCCAUGUCGACCCCCCACAGUGCAGCGUCCUCCCCCAGGGCUUGCUACGAUGCUUCCCCUUCUUCCACCUCAGUGAUUGAGGCACUGUUAGACUUUAAGCUGGGCCAGCAGCAGCAGCCAGAGAGACAGCUCAUUCAUAGAGUGCUCCAGAGGACCCCAGUCAAGCUGGAGCUCAACCCCCAUGGAAUGGUGGACCUGUCGGGUAAACGGGAGUCCAGAGCGGGGCUAAGCACCAGGGUAUUGGAUACCAGAGUGGACCACCACAACCACCACCAUGACAUUAUCAAACCCACCCCUCCACCAUCCCAGUCCCCCCUUCACCUUCACGACAUUUCCUUACCCCAGAGCCCAAACACACAACUCCCCUCGCACACUCCACCAAUGACCAGAGGGGGAUGCCACAGCCCUCCCUGUGAUGCCGCCACCUCCUCCCCCCCGAUGUCCCCAGACAUCCCUAACCGAACGACUACGUCAUCAUCCCCCGACCCUGCUCCCAGCCCAGACUCCUCCCAGUCCCAGAGAGAGGCCCCGCUCCUUGGCCCUGACUCUGUCCUCAGCGAGCUGGAGGCAGUCAAAGAGAACAGCUGCUCCAAUGGCCAGGUCCAGGGGAGGGACCAGGGCCAGUUCCCUCCCCUCCCCACUAGCCAAUCAGAGGAGCCCUCGCCCAGUGGCGACCCUAAGGACCCCCACAUCCUCGAUGAGGACCACGCCUAUGCCCUGCCCACCCCCACCCCUACCCCUACCAGGACGGGCAGUUUCCCAGCCACCACCCACAACACACUCCUUCUGCCCAAGCUCAGGGACAAGAGCGCCCUCUGGAGCCCACCAAGUGUGGCUGGACCUGGGGACAUGGAGCCUGCUCAGAAGAGACGGUGCCUCCGCAUCCGAGAUCAGAACAAGUAGAAGAGUAGGAGCGGUACCAGAUCCAGUGCCCUGCCCUCUUAUGGACAUCACAGUCAGCCACCAGGGAGAUUGGCCCUGCCCUUCUUCUGACCACGAGGU